AUGUCGCCAGUGUACAAGUGUGGUUUGGAGGAAAGAAGUAAGAUUUCUAUGAAAGCUCUCGUUAAAAAUCUCGGCGAUCAGUUCAAUGUGCCAAUCGACGAAUUGGAACAUUUGAACUUGGAACAGUUUGUGGAUAAUGCUAUUAAGGUGGAACAAGGAGAACUAGCAACUCUUAGAUGUGAUGGUAAAUGCUAA